AUGCCCCCUGCCAAGCGCAAAAUUGCGCGUCCUGAUGAUGAGAGUGUCGGCCUUGGUAGCAGCUCUUUGCUGGUUGGCGGUGCAGAGGCGAGCGCAGAUGUCAUUCCCAAGGCCAAGGCGCCGAGGAAGGCGGCUGCGCCAAAGGCUGGCGGUGGCCUCCUGACCGCAGCAUCGCGCGUCUGCAGCAGCAGGGGCCGAGGCGGUCGCGGCAGGGGCAAGCUCCCAGCGGCCUCAGCAAUGGCGGUGACGGACGGCGAGACCAGGUGCAGGUGUUGCUUGGCCGUGCGCCCUGAGCUCGGAGAUGACGACACUGCAGUGCAAUGGUGCUCUCAGGAGGUCCAGGGCGAGGAGGACAAGUGCAGGGACUGCGAGGCGGUCCAUGAAACAGUGAAGCCAAUGACGUGGUCCGACUUUUGCGCCAAGUACCACGAGUCACCAACGUUCAAGGAGGACGUGUCCAAGGCCGCGCGGGAGACCUUGACCGAGACCAGAGGGGCGAGCACCAUCCUGGAACGAACGGUACUGGCUCUCACCGCUGCCGACAUGAAGUCCGCGCAGGUGCAGGAUCCAGAGAAGACGUACCCGACUGUGACCAUCCCCAACCUGAAGGGCGCCCCAACCACGUGGUUCCUCGCCCAGGACCCACGCAUGCCAUUCCACACGCUGUCUGUGAAGAGGGAGGUCUGCCAUCGCAGUGCAAAUCAACUCGUGGAUAGCACGUCCGUCCUCUUCGAGGGGCAGACCGCCCAGCAGCUGAACAAGUACAGGAACGAACAUAUGGACCAGACAGGCGCGACAGUGUUGCACGGCAGCAUCCCUGCGUUGCCUGGCGCAUUGGUGGAAGGCCCGCUCAGGAUGAUGCCUGCCGGCCUCGGCGCAGCAGGGGGCUGCGGAUUGACCGCUGCGGCGGUGGCCGCGCUCGGUGGCAGUCCUGACAAGACUGGGCCAGGCUCAGUAGCAGCGUCAAUGUUCUCCAUGCCGCCUCCGUCCACAUCGCCUGCCGCGAAGAAUUUCCCCUUGGCAAGGGCGCCGUCUGUUGCGUCGGCUGCGUCCUGGAUGUUGCGAGCGCCUCAGGGUGGUCAUGAUGAUUGCAGUCGGUCUGGAGGCGAACCACCUGGGCUCGUUGAGAAGAAGUCUGGGGAAGAUAUUCGGAAGAUGAAUGCCCACCAGAAGGCUCAAUACUGGACUGGACGCAUCAGUGUCCACAGCGCUUUGAUAGGCGAGGUUGAUCGGAAGAGUCUGCGACAAGGGGCUGACCACAUCGAGAGGAACGCCGGCACUUCCGACGCUACGCUGAAGGAGCUGAUCAACGUGUUGGAGGCCAAGGUGCGGUUGGCAACACUAGCAGACGCCAUGUCACCAGAUCAGGUUGUCACAAUUACCGACGAGGAGACGUACCGCGCGAACAUCCAGGCUCUCAAGGGUAGCGAGUGUGAGAGUGGUUGGCUUACAGUUGUCGAGGCUGGCAUGGUGAAAAGGCGGCUGCUCCUCUUGAGGGGCAACAUUGAGGAGUCCCUCCAGUUCUUGCGGGUCAUUACGCCGUGGACCGCUGACGUAGACUUAUUGAUCUUCGACCCUCUCCAGCCGCUGCUGUGCGCUUGCGGGAACUCUGAGGCGCAGGAGGCUUCGCUGUUCAGCUCCUUAUUAGUGCACGACUUGGUCAGCCAAUGGAUCGAGAAAGGCCCAGGCGAGAUUCUCAAGGUCAUGUGCCUCGCCGAGCAGGCAAUCGACCAACUGAUCGCCAGCCAGGAGGGCGCUGAGCUCAGCGAGUUGUCCACUUCCGUGCUGCUGGAUGCCAUUUCUUGCCUUCGAGCCGUGCACUCCAUUUUGGCUCCGAAGAUCACCUUCCAAAUCUUGAAGGAUAAGAACAUACGGGCUACCAAGAGGAUGAGCGAAGUGGCUAAGAACCUCCAGGACACUAGCAUCUUGGCCAUGGUCGGGCGGCUCAUCAUGAAGUCGGACUGCUACAUGGCACCAAUGCUGGCGUUGUAUAUGGAGUCGUCGGACGCCUUGCUCAAGCACUCCACUGACCUCCAGAAUGCUUGGUCUUUCGCAAAGGGCAUACCGCAG